CGUUUCUUGCUCGGGCUCUACUUGGUGGGCUUCUUGGAUUUGUUUGGUGUAAGCAUGGUUGUUCCUUUAUUAAGCCUUCAUGUCAAGUCUCUUGGAGCAAGUCCAACAGUAGCUGGAAUAGUAGGCUCAACCUAUGGCAUUUUGCAACUCUUUUCUAGCACAUUAGUGGGCUGCUGGAGUGAUGUGGUUGGAAGACGCCCUUCUCUGCUGAUGUGCAUUCUCUUCAGUGCACUGGGUUAUCUCAUCCUGGGUGCGUCCACCAGUGUGCUCCUGUUUGCCCUGGCUAGAGUCCCUGUAGGUAUUUUCAAACACACUCUCUCGCUGUCAAGGGCUCUGCUUUCUGAUCUGGUUGCAGAGAAGGAACGGCCACUGGUCAUCGGACAGUUUAACACAGCAUCGGGUGUGGGCUUCAUCCUGGGCCCCAUGGUUGGGGGAUAUCUCACUGAACUCGAUGGUGGAUUUUACAUCACAGCACUCAUCUGUUGUGUUGUCUUCCUUCUGAAUGCCGGUCUCGUUUGGGUAUUUCCGUGGAGUGAAGGAAAAUUCAACACUACCAAGAACCAUACACCCUCAGGAAAGACAGAACAGAAAGCGCAGGAUACAACCACAGCCCUUGGGGGCCCCGCACCUGAGAAGACUCCUGUCCACCCCUGGAACGAAGUCUUGUUGGCAUUGCGGGCCAUUAAGGGCCUAAUAUUUUCUGAAAUGUGGGACAUAUUUGUAGUGCGCUUGCUGAUGGCUGUGGCAGUCAUGCUAUACUAUAGUAAUUUUGUCUUGGCCCUGGAGGAGCGCUUUGGGGUGAAGCCCAAGACUACAGGCUACCUGAUCAGUUACAGCAGCGCCCUGGGGGCCCUGGCCGGCUUCACCUUGGGGCCCCUCAUGAGACUGUACAGGUACAACUCUCACAGGAUCCUCCUGCACUCCAGCCUGCUCACCUCCACACUGCUGCUGCUCUACGCCACGGCCCACACCAUGGGCAUUGUCGUCUUCUCCUCUACCCUACUCUCCUUCUCCACUGCAGUCGGCAGGACCUGCAUCACAGACCUCCAGCUGAGCGCGGGCGGGAAGCAGGCCAGCGGCACACUCAUAGGCCUGGGACAGUCAGUCACCGCGGUGGGCCGCAUCAUCGCCCCUCUCCUCUCUGGGCUUGUCCAAGAGGUUAGCCCUUGUGGCCCACCGAGUCUGGGGGCAGCACUAGCCUUAGUGGCUGUUUUCAUAAUGUCACUAAAGGGACCUCAUGCUGGUGCUGACAGGAGUGGUAAAUUAAAAAGUGAGUAG